CGUGAGUUCAACAGGCCUGGAAAAGUAUUUUGAAAGGCAAAUCAUUUGUUGUGUGUCUUCGUCCAGUGUCGGACAUGGCUGCUUAGAGGACAGCAAGCCGGACGGGCCCCCGGGGACAGGUUGCUUCCUGAAGGACCCGUGUGUGUCACUCAAAACACAAUCCGAAAAGGCCCCGCAGGCAGAUGGCCCACGUCUUCGUGUACGGGACCCUGAAGCGAGGCCAGCCCAACCACAAAGUCAUGCUGGACGGGGCGCACGGCUCGGCGGUGUUCCGGGGUCGCGGCCGCACGGCCGAGCCCUACCCCUUGGUGAUCGCGGGCGAGUACAACAUCCCCAGGCUGCUGCAGCUGCCGGGGCGGGGCCGCUGCGUGGCGGGUGAGAUCUACGAGGUGGACGAGAAGAUGCUGCGCUUCCUGGACGACUUCGAGGGCUGCCCGGACCUGUACCAGCGCACGCCAGUGCGCGUGCACGUGCUCGAGUGGGAGGGCGGCGUGCGCCCCGGCGACAGCCUGCGGUGCUUCGUGUACAGCACGGCCACCUACGCGCCCGAGUGGGUCCACCUGCCCUACCACGACAGCUACGAUUCCGAGGGCGCCCACGGGCUGCGCUACCAUCCCCGGGAGGCCCGGUGAGCAGGGCCAGCCGAACCCGGGGCCCCUCCAUGGGAGAGGGGAGAGGGCGGCAGACUGUGCGCUGGCCUGCAGCACCCAGGACAUCUGAUGAUAACCAAGCAGACUGUGCGCUGGCCUCCAGCACCCAGGACAUCUGAUGAUAACCAAGCAGACUGUGCACUGGCCUCCAGCACCCCAAACAUCUGAUGAUAACCAAGUCGACUGUGCGCUGAUCUGCAGCACCCAGGACAUCUGAUGAUAACCAAGCAGACUGUGCGCUGGCCUCCAGCACCCCAAACAUCUGAUGAUAACCAAGCAGACUGUGCGCUGGCCUCCAGCACCCAGGACAUCUGAUGAUAACCAAGCAGACUGUGCACUGGCCUCCAGCACCCCAAACAUCUGAUGAUAACCAAGCAGACUGUGCGCUGGCCUCCAGCACCCAGGACAUCUGAUGAUAACCAAGCAGACUGUGCGCUGGCCUCCAGCACCCCAAACAUCUGAUGAUAACCAAGCUGACUGUGCGCUGGCCUCCAGCACCCCGAACAUCUGAUGAUAACCAAACAGACUGUGCGCUGGCCUCCAGCACCCAGGACAUCUGAUGAUAACCAAGCUGACUGUGCACUGGCCUCCAGCACCCAGGACAUCUGAUGAUAACCAAGCUGACUGUGCGCUGGCCUCCAGCACCCCGAACAUCUGAUGAUAACCAAGCAGACUGUGCGCUGGCCUCCAGCACCCAGGACAUCUGAUGAUAACCAAGCUGACUGUGCGCUGGCCUCCAGCACCCCGAACAUCUGAUGAUAACCAAGCAGACUGUGCGCUGGUCUGCAGCACCCAGGACAUCUGAUGAUAACCAAGCAGACUGUGCGCUGGCCUCCAGCACCCAGAACAUCUGAUGAUAACCAAGCAGACUGUGCGCUGGCCUCCAGCACCCAGGACAUCUGAUGAUAACCAAGCAGACUGUGCGCUGGUCUGCAGCACCCCAAACAUCUGAUGAUAACCAAGCAGACUGUGCGCUGGCCUCCAGCACCCAGGACAUCUGAUGAUAACCAAGCAGACUGUGCGCUGGCCUCCAGCACCCAGGACAUCUGAUGAUAACCAAGCAGACUGUGCGCUGGCCUGCAGCACCCAGAACAUCUGAUGAUAACCAAGCAGACUGUGCGCUGGUCUGCAGCACCCAGGACAUCUGAUGAUAACCAAGCUGACUGUGCGCUGGCCUCCAGCACCCAGGACAUUUGAUGAUAACCAAGCAGACUGUGCGCUGGCCUUGAGCACCCCAAACAUCUGAUAAUAACCAAGCAGACUGUGCUCUGGCCUCAAGCACCCAGGACAUUUGAUGGUAACUAAGCACUGGCUUUAGAUGGCUCGGCAUUUAAAAGGACCAAGCAGCCCCACAGGCCAGCCCCGCCAACUCCAGGUCACACAUAGGAACUAGUCAGGAUAGCCAUCUACAGUUCAACUGGGCUUUCAUAGGAGGUGAGACGUAAAUGGGCCGUGCUAUGCUUGGCACUUGUUUUGGUACCCUUACUUUUGAUAGACGGUCCUCUUCGUUGUAAUCUAGCAAAAUCCUGGCCACCCACUCACCGUCGACACAGCUGAGCUCCGGGACUCUCGGAUGCGCCGAGCCGCUCCCCAGCAGCCGGGCCCAUCGCCUGGGGGUGGGCCUUUCAGAGAAGAACCAACACGUUAGUAAUUUGUUCCUCAGGCCCUGACAGAAGGUUGCACUUCCAAAUACAAACAGCACUUAAAAUAAUGUUAGCAAGGCACGAAGUACCAAUUACUACCCACCUCCAUCUGAUCAUCUGUCAGCGUAGAUUCAAGUCAGUGCACGACUCUGCUUCCAAGCGAGUAGAAAAUGGAUUCCAAGAAUUUCAGAGGCAAAUCGAAGUGCAGCUGCUGGUCCUUAGUAACCUCAUUCUCCAUUGGGAGAGCUCGCUUACGCUUCAACUUAAUGGUAGACUGUGGUCGCUAACUGCAUCUGGCACAAAAAUAUGAGCAUUAUUUUUAGCCUCUCUUUCUUAAUUGGAAAUGUGCUUCACACACAGAGAAAAGCAAGGACGAGCAUCAGCUGAUGUGCCCCACCCCGUGACAAUGGGGAAGGCACCCAGGAACACACUUGUCCGCAGAGCAGUGCAGUCAGUGCACCGGCCUGACCAGCAGGCCCUGGAGCGACCCCUGGAGGGGUCAGCCAUCCGGUGUGACCCUGCAGUCUUCUAUACAAAGGGCUCUAAUGAGCUUCACCUGUGCUGCCUCGUCCUUAGGAAGGUCUGGACCACCAGGCCCAGGAGCUAGUUCUCAAUCGUGUAGAAAGGAAGGUGACCAGAUUAUAAAAUGGCAAAUGUUAAUUUAACACAAUUCAGAAGCACAAAACUAGAAUUUAGAUAUAAAGAAUCAAUGAGAUAUUAGGAGUUAUAGUCAAUUGGCACAGAUUGUCGCCUAUGUGUAUACUGUCUUCAUUCAAAAAAAAAAAAGGGCAGACUAAUAUUUAGACAAAUGCUUGGUUUUAUUGAUUGAAUUUUGACACUAGGAAAUCUCACAGCAGAAGUACAAAUCGUAUGUACAAGUAUUUAUAUCAAUGAAAAUUUCCAUUGGUGAUUUUUUUGGCAGAAUGUUGCUACUUCUGAGGAAUAAAUAUGCUGAUGUAAAA